AUGAAGGCGUCCCCGCUGCUGCUGCUGCUACUGCUGCUGCGCCUCGAGCUUUUAGCUAUGGCCAAUUCGCAAACGCAAACGCAACCGGCCUGGCAGCCUCCCAGCAUUCCAACGACGGUCGCCUCCUCUUUCCAAUCAUGGCUGAGGCCCAAUCAUUCUCCAUCUCCUUCGUCAUCGCGCACGCCAGACUCGGGACGGUCACCGCAUGCUAGCGCCGCUGAUGUCACUUCGGCCAAGCAAGGCCAGCAUAAUGACACAAGGGCAGCAUCAGCAGCAGCAGACGUGGCCGCCGCCGCCACUCCACCCUCAUCUCUCCAAUCUCCCGUAUCUGUACGGUACCACGGCAAGUACGAUCAGCUAGGAGCUUCUGCAGAGCUGUGGCUGUACACACAGGCUGCGCCCAGCUUCUUCAAGGGAGCGCAGCUCGCCAACGCGGCCAACGACAUAUGGCGCGGGGACCGGGGCACGUUCGAUUCGAUGUGGCGACAGGCCAGCAGCAACUCAAGCCAGCCUCGCGACACGAACCAUAACAGCUACGCAGCAGAGGAGCGAGCCACAAUUGCCACCUCACCGAGCGAGGUAGAGGGAAAAGUGGCAAGCAUUCGAUGGGUCUCCGUGGAGCCGGAGCAGCCUCCGCCUGCCUCCAAGGGCUGGUUUGGCUCUCUGCUUGGAUCUUCACAUACACCGCGCUGCAUCAAUGUCCUCGAGAUUGGCAAGCCCCGCGCCGAAGCCACGACCUCUGCAGCCACGCAGGACGACGGCGAAGAGAAGAUCGUCCUCCUUCAUGGCUAUGGCGCGGGCACAGGCUUCUUCUUCCAGAACAUCGACGCCCUCGCGUCACGCCCCCAUUCGCGCCUCUACGCCCUCGACUGGCUCGGAAUGGGUCGUUCCUCGAGACCUACCUAUCACAUCCCUUCUCACAUCCUCAAGAGCGGCGACGACUUGCAGCGCGUGGAGGCGGCAGAGGGAUUCUUCUUGGACUCGCUCGAGGAAUGGCGUAAGCGGGCUGGUGUGGAGAGGAUGACUCUGGUUGGACAUUCACUGGGCGGAUAUCUCAGCACAGCCUAUGCCAUACGACAUCCGGAGAGAGUCAACAGACUGGUCCUCGUCAGCCCAGUGGGCGUGGGAGCAGCCCCACCUGAGGAGGGUCAACCGCAGCAGGCACCCGCCUUUGAUCCAAAGAAUGCGGCGUACGUCUCAAAGUCUGCACAAGGCGAUGUGGACGCAGACGGUGCGAGCCUGCACAGCGUACACAGCGUUGAGAGGGAGGUGUUGGAUCCGCAGCGCAAUAUGGUACCAGAGAAUGCGGCACAAGAGCAUGAGGCGGCACAAAAGGUGCAAGCCGGAGCGCAGGGCGCCCCCACAAAUAGCGACGGUACCACCCAACCACUCACGGAAGAGCAACUCAAAUCCUCAGGUCAUCGGCCACCACGCUUCUCCUCGCGCACCCGUGCAGUCUUUGGCUGGCUGUGGGAGCAGAACUUCUCUCCCUUCGGUCUACUCCGCACCUCCUCCAUCUUUGGGCCCUACCUCAUGUCUCGAUACACACAGCGACGCUUUGGCACUCUGCCGGAAGAGGAACUCAAAGCUUUGCACGCGUACUGUCAAGGCAUCUUUCUCGCUAGGGGCAGCGGGGAGUACUGCCUGGCACACAUGCUCAAGCCGGGAGCAUGGGCGAGGGUGCCGCUGGUCCAUCGAUUAGCGGGGACGGGAAUUCGUCAAGAAGCUCAAGACAUACUGCGGCAAUGA